UGCCAUGUGGCCUAACACUUCUGCUUGCAUAUUUAUCAUAUAUAGAAUUAUGUCAUACAUGUUUGAGCAAACAUUUAUCUACAUUUAAUAAAAAUAUAUUAUGAAAUUAAAAAUCAAUAAAUAUUUAUCGAUUUUCGGAACCUUAUCGAUCUUUAUGUUUAUAUAUUUAUUGACUGAACACAUCAUCGGGAUUAACCACCAGAAUAAUUAAUAUUAAAUAAUAAAGUCUUCCUACUCUCGCCAAAUUUCCCAGAAUGAGUCGCGAAUAUCCGCAGAGUGGGGAUAGAAUAGGAUAGAAGUCUGGCAGAUUAUAAAAAGGGAACCGGCUUGUGUUGCUCGUAUUUAACUUGAGUUUACGAUCACGUGCGUUUCUUACGCUGCUCUGCAUCAGCAAUUUGUUUACUAACAGUAUUUUUUAUUCAUCACCAUCAGUUUGAAUUUUCCAUCUUGGAAUCUACUCCAGGCGUUUAAUUUAAAUUCAAAAAUUCUACAAAAUGAACAAAUAUAUAGCAGUAUUAGCAAUGUCUAUUGUGAUUGUUAACUCACAAAGGCCACCAUAUGCUGGUUCAAGUGAUCGUCUGCCAGCUGUACUCCCGCAGUAUUUACAAUCCAGCCAGAAUCCGAAUCAGGGCCAGGGACAAAGCACCAGCUCUUCAGUAGAUAACAGAAUAAAUAUCCAACAAGGAAAUAAUCCUUCAACAGUUAAGCCGCAGAUGUUAAAUCUACCGGUAGAUGCUCACGGAGACAUUGAUCUAAUUAACAGGAUCCAAUCCUGGCCCAAAGAGUCUCAGCCUUUCUGGUACCUCAACUGGAAGCAAAUCGAACAACAUCGCGGCGGAUCUAGUUCUAAUCCCGCAUCUUCUACUGUCAGAAAUAAUUAACCAUAAAUAAUAAUAAUUGUUACUGUUAUUGAAAGUACUUAAUUUUAAAUUGAUCUUUUUGUAAUUUAAAUAAAAAUACUUCUGCAAACCCAUGGAUCGUAACCGGUUUCUCAUGCCCUUACACAUAUGAGAUUAUUCAAAUCAUUUGUACCACCUGGUCAUAAAUCAUUACACAGUAAUAAUAAUAACAAUAAAAAUUAAAUUAAACUCAA